AUGUUCGACAAGUACGUUGUUGGAUCACUGUAUCAAGUGAGCUGUUUUCUUCUCGGGCUAAGCGCCACGCUUUUCAGCUCGUUUAUAAACUUCGAUGCGUACGUGUUGCUCAGGUUUUUGGGCGUGAGCGCCUUCGAGGCGCAGGCCGUUUGGUAUUUCGUGAAGCGUUUCAAUCUGUUCAUCGGGAUAUUCGUGACAGUCCUCAUUCUCGCUUUCGGCACAGCAUCUAGGCGUACUGUGUGCAAAUGGAGCUGGAUACUGUUUUCGCUCUUCUUGAGCGUCGGCCUUUACGUUUACUACUACCAGGAUUGCGGAGCCAGGUUCACUCCCCUUCUAGAAUGGAUUCUGCUUUCCAUUUCGUUCGCAUCUAACGUGUUACAAUGUCUGUCGAUAUUCUUCGUAUUCGAUCAGGGCGCCCCUGUAGGCAGUGGAAAGCCGCAGUUCCGAUUGCUGUUGUAUCUACUGGGGGCUUGUACGUCGGGACUGAUUCUGCGUUUCUUCUUGAACAUCAAUUGGAAUGCGGCCGCAAGUGACGUUGCGUUAGCGAAGUACAUGGUGUUUUUGAUUAACCGCGUCGUUGUGGCGUUGUGUGUGGUGACGUUCCUCUCAGCUUUGAUAACAAGCGGCGUCGUGGCUUAUCAGUGGCAGGGCGCCGAUGUGGAGUAUAUCACAUUAUCCCUUGGGUCAGCGGCUACGUUCUUAUUCCACUAUGAAUGCUGGGGCGUCUUGUUUUGCACUGCCAUGGGGUGGGCGAUUACGCCUUUCUGCGGGAUUCUUACGUCUUUCGUGGCUAUAAAAACAUCGUUGGCCGUAAAUGCAAAUGCAUUGACGCUACAACUAGCUGUAUUCCUGAUAGAAACCAUAUUGGCUUUGGUUAUUGUUCGUCUGCGUUAUAGACGUUAUGUCGAUCCCACCGUCUGCGAUAUCGACGAGCUGAAGCGUGCCCUAUGCAGCAACACGAAAACGUGCGAAUCACGCGCCACAAAUAAUGACAACAGCAGUGCAGGUAAGGAAGAAAAUGAUGCACUCUCUGGUUCUGUGUAUAAUAGGCUCCUGCGGAAUGCGCAGCCCUGGAUAUUACUCCCUAGCGGAUACUGGAGUGAGUGGUAUAAAGCGGACUGCGACGAUAACAGGAUGAUGUUGCAAUAUGCGUCAGCACUUGUCAAAUUGAAAAGAGCGAAAUCUAUUCCGAAAACCAAUUGUGAUGUUAUCUCUGAUUGUGUCCCAUGUGAUACCGAUACACUAUACGAUCGGUACCAGCUUGUGCUAGAAGUCAAGUCGGAGUUGUGCUGGUUGUUGACCUGUUUUGUUAGCAAAAAUGCCGAUUUACAGGUGAAUUUGGAUAAGACGUUUCACAACACGCCUAGAGAAGUUAUGGCAGGAUGCAUUUUUAAUACUUUGGUGUCACAAUGGACGGAAUACCUAUGCUGCAAUGUAGACGAUUUGAAAUAUGAUUGCAACUUUUGUGUAAACAUGGAUGGGUAUCUUCUUCAAAGUUCGAAACAGUAUAUGAAAGGAACUUUGAAUUGUUGCUUGGAGGACGCUACAGAGUUGCGCAAUGAAAUAGGUAGAUCUUCAUUGUUUUGCAAGUACGAAUGCGAACUUACUGAGGAUGACAUUCACGAAGCAGUACUUAAACUGGAGUGCACCUUUUCAGAUUUUUUGAGGCUCUUGCUUAUGGCUCAAUUGGCCGAUGAGUGGAUAUUGCUUUGCAAAUAUAUGGAAAAAAUGAAGCGCGGUCUCAUUAAAUUUCUUGAUCACUGUAAGUCCGCGAAUACGGAAGCAGACCAGGAAACAAAAAAUCGUGGCGCCUCUACGCAAACGCGAAGAAGUAACAAUGUUAUAUCGCAAACGACAGCAGUAGCGGCGUCUGGUAAAACAACACAAUCUGAUGCUCAAAAAAAGUGCGAGGGAAAAUGUGGCUGUGAGCUCUUUAGUAAACUCUUACGGUGUAUUUGUAAGUUGCACAAACUACAGUGCGAUACAGCUUCGCGGAUGCGAAAUUUCAGUUUGGAAUCGUUAAAGGACAAACUGCCUACACUUUGCCAUACCCGAGCAACUUAUUUGAUUGCAAAAAGUUUCGCUGGAUUUACGCGGUGCGCUAACAACUGCUCUUGCAAUAAACCGCCUAAUGUAAAAAUGUGGGUCUGUGACCGUUUCAGUUCCCAGUUGGACGAAUUGCUUACUCUCUUAACGGAAGACUUUGAACUUUUGCUUAACGGAGAUAAACUGCUUUGCAUGGCUAUUUCGAUUGUGUCAUGUCUCCAAACUGAUGAACUUAUAAUUCCGAUAUCGACUCUUGAGCAAAUAGACCAAAGUGCAACCUUCUUGUCUGAUUUGAUCCGCCGUACUUCUGCCUUCGGCUUGAAAUUGAUGGACUACGUUCCUUUAGAUCUUGGUUUUAAAUACACAAAGCAACAUUGUGAGUGCAAAGUCGGCUCGGUAAUUCAAAAAAAUGGAUGUUGUUCUUCACACAAAUGUACGGAUCCGAAGUGUAUAUGCAUACUAUGCACACGUACAACUAAUGCGGACGGUAAGGAUGACUGUUGCUUUAGUAUGAAAGAUUGUACAUGUAGCACUGGGUCGAGCGUAAGUCAGAAUGUUAACACUGAUGAAUGUACGAAGGAUUGUUGCUGUGAUAACACUAAAUGCCAUGGUUAUACUUGCGGUCUUGAAAGUUGUUUGUGUGGCAACACUCGUAUCGAAGAUUCAACUGUGGCCGGAGAUACACCACUCACAGAUCUUGUAUGUGGUGUUAGUUGUUUGAUGAAAGGACUUUGCAUUUGUUUAGGCGCGUUUACAAAAUCAACAUUUUGUCGAAACAGCAGAGAUGGCGGUACAUCCGGCUGCAACCACUCAGUUAUAUCUAACGUCUGUAGUUUUCCUACAUUUGUGGAAUCAUUAACCAAAUGUACUAGCUCUUCUGGCGUAGGUUCACAAUCAUGUUGCUCGGCUGUCAAUAAUGAUUGUGUAAAUAACCUGACGUGCGACGUUCUGAAAUCCAUUUUCAAAGCUACAAAAGGUGCAGAUGUGGGUGAAAACUGCAACACUAUUGGCGACACUAAUUGUAUUGGUUGUUGUUUGAGUAAAUAUUCGUCUGAAAAAAUUAAAACGUGUACGAAUAAUGGAUGCUGUCAUAAUAUUAAGGAAAUUUGUGGUAAGGUCAAAGAGACCUCAUCUACCAUGCAACAAAUACACGAAGAAGUGUCACACAUUUGUAAAAGUGUGAAUGAAAUUAGAUCCUUCGCUUUGUGCAUUACUACAACGGUGACCAUCAUCAAAGCGUGCUACAACUGCAUUAAGAAGAGUCUAGUGAGAUUGGUAAACUGCGCAACGAAAAGAGGAUCACAAUUACAGGCAUAUAUGGAAUCUUUGAUUAAAAUGUGGAAGACAAAUACACGAUUGUUACGUUCCUCAUCUGCUAAUAUUCAACGUCGUUGCAAUGUUCUGGAGGCGAAAACCAGGGCAUAUUCUUCUGCUUUAGAUAAUCAGGUGAACGGUUUAAGCAGGACUUCCGAAUCGAUGAGUAGUAUUGGUGAUUAUGCGCUGGAUUUACACGAUCGAGCAUCGCAAGCCACUCAGGUUAUUGCCACUACCCGACGUUCCUUGUACAUGGACUCAGUUAGGAGCUUCCUUUGCAACCUACUGUGCACUGAGAAAUCGAAGAAUUGUAGCAAUACAUCGAGUUGCAUCGAUGUAUUCGAAUGUUCCUUUUACGGCGUAAUCGCUUGUGCCAUGUUUUUGCAUAUUGCAGGCAUCGAGAUUUUACCUGCCAUAAGGUUCCUGAGAGAAAUCACGUUAUACCGGAUUUUUCUAAUGGCGUGCGCACUUAUGGCACCUAUAAUGGUGCUUAAAGGUUUUGUCAAGAUUUCAAAGAUCCCUCAACAAGCUGGUUACCUCGUCAACGCAACGGUCCUUAUAGGUACUAUAUGUAGCAUAUUACUCUCUUGGUUUUCGCAGGGUUACGGCUUUAGGUCAUAUUUGACCAAUCAAUUUUCUGUCUAUUCCAAGACCUAUCAUCAGAUGUACGCUGACUACGUUGACGAGCCCUUGGGAAAUGUAAGUUGGUGGUCUGACGGAUUCCGCGGCAUGAUGAGGGCAGAUUUGAAAGCAGUAUCUGAUUUUUGCACUGUGAGGGGUGUUGUAUACAAUAUGGAUCCUUAUAAUUUGGGAUUUUCACCUGUAUUCGUGCUUAACCGUGAAAAAUGCCCGGAUAUAUCUCGUUCUUGGACGGAGUCUCAUGUCACCUAUCACAUCAAGAACGUUGUAUUGGAAGGCCCCAAUGAUGAUUACGAUAAGUUUUUUGACUUUUUGGCUCUGUCAACUAUGUCUAAGAAGAACUGGAACUUUUUGACUGAUGCAAUACGCGAUGAUGACGCUUCUUAUCCUAUAGACAUGCUAUGGGAAGCAUGGACGACCGGCAAGCGCGUGACAAAGGGGCACCACGCGUUAUAUAAAAUUCGCCUGCGCGCGCUUGACACAGUAUCAAAGGAAAUAGAAUCUUCCUUCCGAAAUAUGGGCAAGAAUGUUAUGCUGUUUGAGAAAUCGUUACGAAUGUACCGCCAGCAAGUACUUGCAGAGGUAGCUGCUAAGUGUUUGGAUUUGCCGUUCGUACCCGAACCGCCGCGCUUCUCUGCGCAGCAUACGGGUGUUGUAAAACUCUUUGAGGAGCAAUAUAAGGCACAUUGGGAAGAGUAUACCGCAAAAGAAGCAGAAAAUACAAAAAAUAAAAGCUGCAAAAAGGGUACAGUGUCUUCGACUGAUACUUCGAAGGGGGAGCCUUUCCUUACAAAAGCGAAAAAAGGCUUGUCGCAAAUGAAGCAAAACAUAAUUGGCUCUUUUAGCCGAUUGACGGCUAAAAACAAGGAUAUGUCGGAUAGUAAGCACGGGGAUAGUGAAGGGAAUGACAUUACAUUAUCGCUAAUGAAGAAUCAAUGUCGCUCAUGGGCAGCGAAUAAAACCGCAUUGUGCAACGAGUCAUAUAUGGGUGAUGAUCGUUGCCUAAAUAUGGUUAACGUAGUCGUGAAUCGAUUCAAGUCGUUCCUAAAAUCUCGUGAAAAAGGCACUGUGUAUGGUAGCGCAAGCGAAGUCUACGAAGCAUAUGAGACAUUCCAUAGCAGCCGGGAUUACGAAACAACGGUGCUGAUUUUCAAACCAUCCAGCAACAGCCGUAGAACAAAGUCGUGCGCUAUACCAAAUUCACUAUGGCGUUGGCAGCGUGGUGCUGACGCAUGUUAUCUCGGGGCUUUGAACUCAGUACGUUCUCUGGCUAAACUGGAGGAUGAGGUUCAGGCUGCUAAGAGUGAACGCCUACAUCAUAUCCUGGGCGAGUGGCUCCGUUUAAGCGGUGUGAACAUAAAUAAUGGCGCUGUUAGUCUCAUGUCUAUAAGUUCCACUGUAUGA